CUAGUUCGAUAGGCAAAUGCAGCAAUUGCCACAAGACUUGUAUUUAUACUUAACUAAAGGCGUAACUUAUAAUAUGUAUAGGUUAGGUACCUACGUAUACACGUGUUUGUGUCUUUGUAUAUGUUAUCACUUAAUAAUUGGUGUAUUCUUACUAAUUGGCUUUUGAUGUGAACAUGCAAGCUUUAUAAAAUAGUUACUAAAGCCAAUUUCUUCAACAACAAACUUGAUCUGAAAGAAAUGGUACCAAUGAGGCUGAGUAUUACGUGUCAGACCUCAAACUGGUAGUUGUUGAUCCUGAAAGCCCCCCAGCCCCCUUAGUCGCGUUAUAUCAGCUUUUAUUGGAGAUGGGAUGUUCAGCGGGGUUUGCUUAGUACAUAGAAGGAUUGCUGCCUUAGGUUAGGUACCUAGUUACAGGGGCCGCGUCGUUAUUACGGCGAGAAACACUGGAUGUUGUUUAGGUGCUGUAUCUUGCCGAAAUAUAUAAUCAUUUCUUGUAUGGUGAUUGUAAACCUGUAACAAUAUUUUAGGUACAUUCAAAGAUUAUAUUCGCACUAUCAUCCAAUAUGAUGGAGACGUCCGAAGAGCUCUUUGUUUCUUUGCCGAAAGGCUGUAAGAUCUGUUAUCGGACAUUUGGCAACCCGUCAGACCCGGCCAUACUCAUUAUUUCGGGACAUGGAAUGUCUAUGACGCAGACGCCUGAUACCUUCGUCCGAUUGCUUAAUCCACCAGACCAUCCUCACUUCAUCGUCCAAUUCGAUUAUCGGGAUACUGGCCGUUCGACGUCUUUCCCCGAGCCGCCUUACGGAGAGCGCGUCUACACGUUCGAUGAUAUGGUAGACGAUAUCAUCGGCCUUAUAACCCAUCUAAAGCUUGAGCGUGUACACGUAAUAGGUACUAGCAUGGGCGGACCAAUUUCCUGGCUAACAGCUGGCCGGCUACCCGACAUCGUUGAGAGUCUGGCUCUCAUCUUCACGAGCCCAGUAGGGCGCAUAUCGGAUGAGGCAGACAACUUGUCGUUGCUGCUGAUGGAGGGACACUAUAUACUCACAGACGCGUUUGACCCACCCACGGAUAGGGAUGAUCACGAGGGCUGGAUAAAAACAUAUACGGCCAUGUAUCUUGCCAUGGCGACGAAACCGCCUACCGAAGAAGAGAGGGCUGACGCGAGACGCAUGUCCGAGAUUACGUACUAUCGCGAGCGGGAGAGCGGGACGAUGUGGAGUAAGACGAAUCAUUCGGAUGCGGCGGGCGUGAGAUGGCCUAGGGAGGCGCUUAAGCUUGUUAAAUGCCCGACUGUCGUUAUCCACGCGGCUAAGGAUCAGCUGUUCUCGGUGGACCAUGCGAAGGCUCUGAGGGAUGGCGUGGAGGGAGCAACGUUGGUGAUUAUUGACGACUGUGGGCACGAAUUACCACACCGGGCUCUAAAGCCCGUGACGGAGGCGAUCCUUGCCAACGCGAAGAAGGGAGAACAGAUCAAGACGGCCGGGAAGUAAUAUGAACUAUAUAGCAUUUACUGUAGCUUUGAGGUCACCGACUGUUAAGUUUGCCGUUAUUUGUGGGUUUCCCGGGAAAGAUACAAUAUUGAAUAAGUACCUAAGGUAGUGGUGGAUUAGGAAAGAUAGGGUACCUAAAAGGGGGGGGAACAGACGAGUCAAAAUGAGAGAUAGGCUAUCUAGGGCUACAAGCACUUCAGCGAGUCUAUAUGAAUAAAACGAUAUAAUAAUA